AACAUGUACACUUCCCCCAGCAAUCCCGGGUUCCUAGCCCAGCCUCCUGUACUACAGCCCCUCCGGGAGUUUCCUUUUCCUGGGGCUCAGCGGCGCUCCUCCCUGCCUUCCCAAUUCCUCCCGAUCCCCGCUCUGGGACACCGGCUCCACUCCCUCUUUCGCCGAGGUUUUCUCUCCACCGCCCGGCGAGAGGCUAGCCCGGCUCCGCAUCCCAGCCCCCUCCUCGCCCGUCGCACCUGCCCCGCCUCCCGGACCGGGGCAGGCUCGCGCGGCGCAGGCGCAGCAACGCGGCCGCGAGGCCGAGGGCGACCAAGGCAACCUCGGCCUCCACCUUCUCUGACAGUAUCCGCGCUGGGCAGUGACCCCGCGGGCCGCGCGUCGUAAUGGGCUCGGGCUGGAGCAGCGAGGAGGAGCGGCAACCGCUGCUGGGACCCGGGCUCGGGCCUGCGCCGGGGGCUGCUUGGAGAAGCAGGGGGGAGGCGGCGGCGGCGGCGGCGGCGGCGCUGCCCGCGGCAGCCCCGAGUCCCGGGAGGGUGUACGGGCGCCGCUGGCUCGUGCUGCUGCUCUUUUCGCUGCUGGGGUUCGUGCAGGGCCUGGUCUGGAACACCUGGGGCCCCAUCCAGAACUCGGCGCGCCAGGCCUACGGCUUCUCUAGCUGGGACAUCGCGCUCCUCGUGCUCUGGGGGCCCAUCGGCUUCAUGCCCUGCUUCGCGUUCAUGUGGCUCCUGGACAAGAGAGGUCUUCGGAUAACUGUGCUUCUGACAUCUUUCCUUAUGGUUUUGGGAACUGGUCUAAGAUGCAUACCUAUAUCAGACUUAGUGCUUAAAAGAAGACUAAUCCAUGCAGGACAGCUGUUAAAUGGAUUGGCAGGUCCGACUGUAAUGAACGCAGCUCCAUUCCUCUCCACAACGUGGUUCUCUGCAGACGAGCGGGCCACUGCCACAGCUAUUGCAUCAAUGCUCAGUUAUCUUGGGGGAGCAUGUGCAUUUUUAGUUGGACCACUUGUUGUUCCAGCUCCCAAUGGGACGGCGCCUCUUCUUGCUUCAGAGAAUAGCAGGGCCCACAUUAAAGAUCGCAUAGAGACUGUAUUAUAUGCAGAGUUUGGAGUUGUCUGCUUACUAUUUUCUGCAACUCUAGCUUAUUUCCCACCACGACCUCCUCUUCCUCCCAGUGUUGCUGCAGCUAGCCAGCGGCUGAGUUAUCGGCGGAGCUUUUGUAGAUUAUUAAGCAAUUUGAGAUUUUUGAUGAUUGCUUUAGCAUAUGCCAUACCACUUGGUGUAUUUGCUGGCUGGUCUGGAGUUCUGGACUUAAUUUUAACACCAGUGCAUGUCAGCCAAGUAGAUGCUGGCUGGAUUGGAUUUUGGUCCAUAGUUGGAGGCUGUGUUGUUGGAAUAGCUAUGGCAAGGUUUGCAGAUUUUAUCAGGGGUAUGCUGAAACUAAUUCUUCUCCUCCUGUUUUCUGGGGCUACACUGUCAUCCACGUGGUUCACCCUGACCUGUUUGAACAGCAUCACACACCUGCCUUUAACCACAGUGACAUUGUAUGCCUCCUGUAUUCUCCUGGGAGUGUUCCUGAAUAGCAGUAUACCUAUAUUUUUUGAGCUUUUUGUGGAAACUGUCUACCCAGUUCCAGAAGGAAUUACUUGUGGAGUUGUCACUUUUUUAAGUAAUAUGUUCAUGGGAGUACUUUUGUUUUUUCUCACAUUUUAUCACACAGAGUUGUCUUGGUUCAACUGGUGCCUUCCCGGGUCGUGUUUGCUCAGUCUCCUCCUUAUUCUGUGCUUCAGGGAAUCCUAUGACAGACUCUAUCUUGAUGUGGUUGUCUCAGUUUAAUAGCACAGACUUGAAGGAGUGUUUAAAAAGAGACUGGAAAUCAAUACUGCAUACUGCACAUUUGCUUGGACUUGCACAUCUAACAGGAAAAAAAAAAGGAGAAGAGAGAAACUUCAUUCAGAGGUUUUGUUAGGUUACAGAUGAUCACAUUAAUUUAAUUACUGCUAGGUAAUAAUAAUGUGGAACUUGAGUGAUAAUAGUGUAUUUAAAAACUGUAUCAAUGGCAUACGUGUGCCUGAGUCUGGGGUUAGAAGUGUGACGUCUUACACAGAAAGCACUACCUAGGUAAUUCCCUCUAUGUUUUGUGCCAGUGCUAAACUACUGAUUAAUUGUAACUAUGAAAAGAAGUGAAGGGUGUCUAUUAUAUGAAGAUAACUCCUUCCCUAAGCCACAUAUCAGAAAAGGAAGAAAUGCCACUAACUUCUAAAGAAGUUUAAACCCUAUGUCAGAUUUUAAUUAUAAAAUAGCCAAGAGGUGUAUCAAUGAUAGAUAUUAGCCACCUGUACACUACAUUUUUUUCUAAUAAAGCCAUUUCUUAUAUGACUCCUUAUUUCUAAUUAGAUCGGAAACCUUUGGCCACCUUAAUUAUGGUGAUCAAGUGCUUUCCAGUGACCGCAGAGCACAUACUUUGUGUCUCGAUCUUAACUUAUCCUUGUUUCUGUGAAAUACAAUUUCAUCUGCUAGGCUCUUAAAUGAUUAUAUUAAAUGUGACUAAAUGUUUAAUACAGUCGCAUUAAAUGCUGUAUGAAAAAUGUAAUUUUGUUCCGAUUUAGCACUUUGUUAAAAGUGAAAUGACAGAUCCCAUAGAACAUCCUGUGUCUUCGGGCAGAUAUAGAUGUGGUGGCAUGGGAUGGAAAAUCCAGCACCAGCUGUUGCUUACCAAGGUUGCAUUUUAUUAAAUGACCCUUGUUUGAAAAUAACAAUUUAUAGCAUUGAAACUUUCAGAUCUGUUGAGUGAUUUCUGAAUUACUUUCUUGUAUCUCAAUUCAGGUUAUAAAAUAUUCAGUUCUAUAUAGAGUGUAUAUUUGAGAGGGCAGUAUUUUGCCGAUACCUGCCUUCCUUCUGUGAAUGACAGCUUUUUCAAAAAUAAUACCCACUGGACAGCUCUCAGACGUGUAUUUCACUAUGACAUAAAAUAUGCUCUGGUGGGGUUAUGAUAGUACCACUAUUCAGAUUUACAUAAUUCCCCUCAUGCUGGAAAAUCAAGCACUUUCUCAAAAAGUGAAGAAUGAUGUUUUAUCUUCAUUGUUCUCAGCUUCCUCCAACCCCCUCUCUCCUUUUUUACUCGCUUGAAAUUGUAUCUUCAUUGUCAGCUAAAUAUAUAUUUUAUUUGUCUUCUUCUGGACAGCAGAGUGUAAGGCAGCUCCUUGUAUUAGCCAAGGUGGUGAAGUAUGGUUAAGGGGACCUGGUCAGCACUUAAUUGACUCAUCUCCACCAUAUUCGCACACACCAUCACACACAGUCCCAGAUACCCCUCCUUUCCCCCUUGGUAAGUUGAAGGCUAUGCUUUUACUAACCUCGGUCCUAGAGGAGGAUGCUAUUACCGUCAGGCCUUCUAAGAUCCAAAAUUGUGCAACCUGGAAAGUAAGAAAACCCUCAAAUUUAACAUCUGUCUUCAGUCACCUUUAGAUCAUCCCCCUUUAGAACCACCCUGCUAAUAACUUAGCAGCCAGAACUGAAAGAACUGAGGAACUUGCUAAAGAGAAGAAGAAAACCUGUGAAAGCUAGGCUUAGUUCCUGUUAACUCUGUCGUUCUUCUCAAAUAAAAAUAAAAGGAAAGCAAAGCAGAAUUCUUAAGGGUAAUUGAAAGCCAGCCAGUCCAGGUAUCAAUAGUCCAUGACCCAGGUGCUAAAAUGACCACCACCCCUUCCUGUUUAGAAUGAAUCUAGAAAGGUGAGGGAAGAAUUAUGAUGCAUUUGGUUUUAGUCAGAACUGUUGUGUUUGAGGACACUCCUAUAUAAAAUUUUGCUAUAAGACUUCUCAUACAGAGCAUUUUAAUUAUGGUUAAUUCUACUUUUAACACAUAGUGAAAAAUAACAUUAAAAAAUAUUACCUAAAUGACUGAUUAGUUCAAAGACAGACCAAAUGGGUAGUGAUUUUAAAUUCUUGCGUUGUACCAGGCACCAACCACUGUUUUUAGCAUACGUGAGAUGAGAUGAGUUGAGAUGAGAGGUGUCCAUUUGUCUCACUUACAUCCGCUUAACCCCUCCAGCAGAUAAUUGUUCUAAUCACAAGCUGCAGCUGUUUUAAAUGAUCAAGAUUUCAUGUACCAAACCUGAUAGAAAGAGAACCAAAAUAUUCUAGGGGGAGGGGGAGGAUUACACAUUAUUUACCUACCUGUAUAUGUCAUAAAUUUUUUUUUUACUUUUGUAUUUCUCACAUGCAUCAAAAGACCAGCCAUAAUCUUGGCACUCUAUAAACAAACAUUAAAGAGUCCUGAUGAAUUUUAUAAUUGAAAAAAAUCUUAACCCUCUACUAAUCCAAGCACUCACUUUAGAAUUUAUAGGAACAGCCCCAGAGAGGUAAAGCAUCUUGCCAAAGGUCACAAUCCUAGUUAAUGACAAAAGUAAAACUAACUAAAACCCACAUCUUCUGACUCCCAAAGCAGUCUUUUUUUCUCUACCUCAGAGAAUUGCAGCUUAAUUUGGACAUUUUGGGGUGUUGGUGAAUACUCUUUCAUGUUCAAAAACGAUGGGGCUUAAGAGUAAGAUACUGUUAAAAUUAGGUGAUUGCUUGAUUUCUAAGUAAAAUCUGUCUUUUUUUCUUCAUCGCUAUCCCGUUGGUGCUCUAACAUCUCUAAGUCUUAGCUUGCAGUGAGUGACGCGAUCUGAAAAGUUUCUGAUGAAUAAUUCAGUCCUCAUAAACCAAGUCAACAGCAUUAUUAAUUGGUAAGGACAUGUUAUAGUGUAAGUUCCCUGUGGCUUAUCAGUGAAUAUUUCACAGUUGAUGGGAAGAAGCAUUUCUUAAUAUGGUCCCUGGUGGAGAUAUAGAACAGAUAAUUACAUACACAAAUGCAUUUCACUGGAGGGUAGAGCUAAUAAAAUAACAAGAGGGAGUCAAGCACCAUUUUGUAUAUUUAAGCAUAUAUGGCCUAAGGGCCAUGUUUUAUCAUAGAUCAUACGUUCAUGUUUAAUUAUUGAGAAUGUUUACAGCUUGCCUUUCUAAUGAGGGAUUCAAGCGAAGAGAUUUUAAAUUGAGAUUAAAUUCUCAUCUACUCUUCUUUUUUUCUUUUACUAUUUUUACUAAAAUCUAGGCAUUCAUCUUGCUGUUUGCAUAAGUACAAGCUUCACUUUAAACUCAAGAUCAAGUGCAUAGUAGAUGUUUUAACUUAAUGUUAAAAAUCACAUUAAUUCCACAUUUGUCCCAGAAACAAUAAGUACAGGAAUUACUGUGAUUAUACCAUAUUAUCAAGGAAGUGCAAAAGCUGUGACAUGAAGAAAGUGUCCUAUUAAAAAAGAAAUAUAUAGAAAACUAUGAGGAAAUUUCAUCAGACCUAUUUCAUAAAUGUAGGAAAAAUAGAAUUCCACUUUAACUUGUAUGAUUAUAAUCAUAUAGAAAAGAGCGAGAUAAAGCUUAUUUCCAUACUGUCAACAGUUUGCUAAUCUGUUGGGAAAUAAAAACAAUACUGACGGGGGAGAGUGUUGGACCAUCCCAGAAGGACAAAACUUGACAGGGAAAGUUUCAGGUGCUCUUUUAACAGCAUCCAUUGGGUAGUCUGUGCUCAACAGUGGUGAGUGUCUGCUCAGUAAGCAGACAUCUUGGCCAUCCUGAGCACUCAUGUCCUUUCAGGUGUCUUCCCGGUUCAGCUGGAACCUCAAACUUAGGAGAUGACCUCUAGGAACUAAUACCAAGGCCCUUAAGAGACUCUUGAGGGUGUCACCUCUGGCCAGGGGAUGAGAAUGAUAAGAGGCUGUGGGCAGAGAGUACAGGCAAUGACAUGCCCUAAAUCUCUCCCCUGAACCACUUCUCUUUUUAUAAAUAAUUUUAGUUUGCUCUUGGUCAGGACUGAAACAUCAGCCCCUUGUUUCACCUGAAGUUUCCUGAGGUUCUUCGCUUGUCCUCACUGCCCUGUACCUCAGCUUUCUGAACACUUGCAUGAAUCUGCCCUCUGUUCCAUCCUGGUCUCUGCUUCCUUGAGCUGACUUCCUGGCAUAGGCUUCUUUACCCUCAACCCCUCCCUAAGCUCCAGGGCCGAAAACACAGUCUCCUUCCUGCCUAGUAGUAAAGCCAUACACCCAGGCUGCCCUCUCAUGAAUAGGAUGCUAGCAUGAGAAGAACAUAAACAAAUCCAGGCACUCUGGAAAGAUUUAACAGUUAUUCUCACAGCCAAGUCGUAUAAGUUAGAAUAUUCCCCUGAAAUGGGAAGGGAAUUACAAAAGUCUCUAACAAGUUUCUUGUGUUAUUAUUUCUUGUACUUUUAUUUUUUUUUAAUGCCUUUUGUUUCUUUGUUUAUUUAUUUAUUUAUUUAUUGGCCAGGCAGCAUGCGGGAUCUUAGUUCCCCGACCAGGGAUCAAACCUGCGCCCCCUGCACGUUGGAAGUGCGGAAUCUUAACCAGUGGACCACCGGGGGAGUCCCUAUUUGUUGUACUUUUAGAAUGUGGACUAACUUGCCUUGUGUAGUCUUUCUCUUGUGUCUUGGAACCUGGUAGGCCUCAGACAAUAGCCUUCUAGCUCAGCCAACACUCAAAAAGAGAGCAAAAAGCUGCCCCACCCUAGCUGUUCUGUUCAUUCAACAAGGGAGAAUUAAUUUUUUAAAAACAGCUAAAAAAUGAAACAAAACAUGAAAUUCAUUUCAGCAACCUUGGAAAAAUGCUAAAAACACAUCAAACCAUUUUAGCUCUAAACAUGCUACGUUUGGUACAUUGCGAGGCUUGGGGCUCCAGAAGGGAUGCCAGAAGAUCAGCCCUACAGCACAGCACUCUUGGGGUUCCACCAGGCUCUUCCAGUUUACAAGCGAGGCUUCUGCAGUCUUGAUCAAAAUGGCAAGAAUGACUUGGAGGCACUUUUGAUUUACCUUAAUGAUAGAAAAUGAUGCUUUUUUAAACUACAAUUUAAUUUAGACUUCCUCUAGUUCAGAUUGGCUUUCUUCCCAUUUACCUGAAAGAAUUGUAGAAUCAGAGAUGAGGAUUUAAUCCAACACUCCAUUUUACAAAUAAGUAAAUAGAGAAGAUUUCAGGUUAAAUGACAGCUCAGUUUUAGCAGAUCACUCGACUCCUAUACCAGCAUUCUUUCCAUAAGUGAUCAGUGUGUUAACCAGAAAUAAUUUAAGUAAAAUUUCUUUCAAAUUUUUGAAAAUUAAAACACGUGAGUGUAUACCCAUUAUAAAAUACCAGUACAGAAAUAUAAAGUGAAGUCUACCUCCAAACAUAUGCUGGUUGAUCCAUUCUCCUUUUCAGAGAUAAUCCCUAUGCGUCCUUUCAGAAAAUUUUCUAUGCAUUUACCUACAUCAAGUAUAAAAACAGAGAGGAUUUAAAAUCAAGUGAUCUCAGGAACUAUUUCUUAAGACCAUGUUGGCAUGAACACUUGGGCAGGAGUUUCUGAGCUCCUUAUUUUUCUCCAAGACAAAUCUGUAUCAACUGUAGCAGUGGUUAAUGGAGACAUUUUACAGACCUGGUUAUGUACCAUCAAGCUCUAUCAUAUUCUGAAGUUUAAAGGUGAACUUCAAUAUGCAAUAUUGGUUUUCUUAUUGGAAAUAUAGACAGUUUUUAAUGCUGCCAACUAAGGCCCAUGCCCCGUGAGAGAAGAAAAUGAAUGAUCUACCCCCAAAAUCCAAACGGAUUUUCUUGAGAGGGUUUUCUUGGCUGUCCAUCUCAGCAGAGGCACGCCAUACUGUAGAAAGCAGAAAGUCGAGAAAGACAGCUUAUGCCAUCCCAUUUUUUAGAAAAAUAAUAGCUAAUGAAGACUCUGGUAAUCCUUAACUAUUUUCCUGGUCACCUUCCUUAGCUGUUCUAACUUUCAAGCUACCAGUAAAAUUGAUGAACUGUAGUAGGACAAGAACUUACAUUUGUUUGGUCACUUCUUUCUUUCCUGCCAUCUUUCCCAUCAGGCUUUCCCCUUUCUGGUUGUAUCUUCCUAUUUAUUUCUGACUGUGCUUGGAAGCAAGCUGUGUGAAACCCACAUUGUCUGAGUUGCCCAUAUUAUUGAAGAGAGCUGGCCAAUUUCUUCAUGAACUAGACUAGAGAGGACAGAAAAAGAGCCCUAGCCUAGGAGCCCCAGGGCCCAGCUCGUGGCCAGGCCUGAUGUCUUCAGCUGUUUGACCCUGACCAAGUCCCUUCAUUCCUCAUUUACCCACAAUUCUAAAAUGAAAGAGUGAACAAAGAUGUUCCCUAAGGUCUCUUCCAGUUCAGAAAUUCAGGUCCAUUCUAUUUAAAUGUUAGGAAAUGACUGAUGUACAUGCACCUGUUUGUGCAGUAGCCCUCCUCCUGUGAGUCCCUACACGUGAACACACAGACUCUUCCACCACGCACACAUUCAGCAACAAGAAGAAAUGGCUUCUUCAUUGCCUGUGCUAGAAGAUGAGCUAUAGGUACUGUUUAUUUCCCCAAAGGACCUUAUAUAUGAAAUGCAGCAUUUAUUAAAUUUAUCAUAUGUGAUACGAGAAAAUGUGUCAUCUGCUGUUGAGAUAGCAUCCUGGGAGCCAGGUCAGAGUACUGCAUUUGCUCACUGGAGUCAGGACAAACCAGAAACCCAUCCUUUGGUUUGGUUUGAUUCAUCGUGAGUCAGCAGCGACUUGGCACCUGUAGAAAUCAAACUGUUGGAUCAGAUGGUAAAGGUGAUCCUUGAACUGAUAUUUCUAGAGUUACAGCACCGAACUGAUAUUUCUAGAGUUACAGCACCGAAGAAUUGUAAGUUGCUCUGCAACAGUGUUGUCUCUAAUGGCCAGAUUCUGCCAGUAGAGCUGUGCAUAUAUCUUUUAUAGAGUGAGAACAGAGGUUUAGUAGGUCAUGUCUGAUCUGUACCCAGGUGUUAGGAAACAAGGCUUCACUGAAAUUAUAACAUGGGCACAAAAGCUGUCAGAGAAAUGAACCAAAAGUCCAGCCUGAGAGUCAGGAGGCCUGGGUUUCAGUUUCUCUCUCCAGGGCAGCUGCUGAGCACCUUGGGGCUUUGGAAAAGUCACCUGUUCUCUCUGGACCCUGGCUUCCUCUAAAAUAGAAGGGUCAAGUGGAUGUUCCUUUUUGCUGAAGAGUUUUAUAGCAUCUAAUAUACACUUAUUUGGUCACACACCAGACAGAAAGUAGAAAACAACACAAGUGCAAUACCUUUCCACUGGUCCUUCCAGUUACACAUUAUCUUUCAAACAAGCAAGGAGCUUCUACAAGGAAGGCCCCAUUAGUUAUGCAUUAUAGGUGCCAGGCAGUUAUGGAAACUCUCAGGCCACCGACAUAUCCACUAUUCCUUCAUUCACGCUUUUAUUCAUUCUAUAUACAGAGUAAUUACAUGUGUGCAGUGUGUGCCUGUGAAGGAGAAUCAGAAAAACAAAAGAUGUUUCUACCCUUCAGGACAUUUUAGACAGAUUUUUUUAAAAAAAACAAA